AUGGCCAAGUUCAUCCCCCGCCAGGCCUUUGCCAUCCCAGGCUCGGUCCCCAAGACCUACUACAUCGGCCACCACGCCUCCGCCGAGCAACAGGUGGUGAACAAGCUCUCCAACAUCUCCCUGAUCCUCGAGUGCCGCGACUUCCGCCUCCCGCUAUCCACCCACAACCCCCGCCUCGAGCGUGCCGUCGCCGGUCGCCAGCGCCUCGUCGUCUACACAAAGUCGAGCCUCGGCAGCGACACCUCCGGCGCCGCAAACUCCCUGCGAAAGCUACACGCCGGCCGCUGCGUCAUCUGGGACAAGGCCGACCCCACCACCACAAAGGCUUUGCUAAAGAAGGUCAAGGAGGUUGCGCGGGAGGCGGACUCGCUGACAGGCGUGUGGGCCAUGAUCGUUGGCAUGCCCAACGUCGGCAAGAGCACGUUGCUCAAUGCGCUACGGAAGGCCGGUAUGCCGGAGCGGACGGCCAAGGUCGCAAAGACAGGGGACCAGGCGGGCGUAACACGAAAGAUUAGCACGCCCGUCCGUAUCCUCGAGCCUGAGGCCCGAGGCGGAGUGGGUGACGGCGCCUUUAUCCUGGACACACCCGGCAUCUUUCAGCCCUAUGUCGAUGACGGCGAGACCAUGAUCAAGAUUGCCCUUGUGCAGGGCAUCAAGAAGGGGCUGAUACCGGACGUUAUUCUAGCCGAUUACCUCCUCUACCGGAUCAACCUCGUGGAUCCCACCAUAUACGAGCGAUAUUGCCCUCCCACAAACGACGUUGAGGAGUUGCUCGGGGCCGUAGCCAGGAAGGAGGGCAAGAUAAAGCGCGGUGGACACCCCGUUCUUUCGCGCGCUGCUGACAGAGUCUUGUUCCAAUGGCGAGAGGGAAAUCUGGGCAGGUUUGUCCUCGAUGACCUAUCAGACAGCGCCAUUGAGGAAUACCAGGCCUGCAUGGCAAACCCCAAGCUGAGUCUGAACCAGGCAAAGAAGCUGCAGAAGCAAGCGCGCGCCCAAGAAAAGGCGGGUGCGUAG